AUGAGAAAGCUGCAUGAAGAAAAAGAUAAGCUACAGUCAAGUUACAAUGAUGUAGUAAACAAAAUGCGAAUGCUGCAGCAUGAAAACGAAAAGCUCGAAUCGAUACGUCAAAACCUGCAGGCAAAAAAAGAAAAUCUAGAAUCAAGUUAUGACGACGUAGUAAACCAAAUUCAAAUGCUACUGGCGGAAAAAGAAAAGCUAGAAUCGUUGUGUCAAAAGCUACAAGCGGAAAAAGAAAAGCUAGAAUCGAUGUGUCAAAAGCUGCAGGGAGAAAAUGAUAAGCUAGAAUCAAAUAACGCAGACAUACUAAACCAAAUUCAAAAGCUGCGGGGCGAAAAAGAAUUGCUAGAAUCGAUAUUUCAAAAGCUGCAGGGAGAAAAAAAAAUGUUAGAAUCGAUAUGGCAAAAGCUGCAGGGAGCAAAUGAAAAGCUACAAUCCAACUACGACGAAAUAUUAAACAAAUUGGAAAAACUGCAAGAAGAAAAAGAGAAUCUUGAGUCAAAGUACAACGACAUAGUAAACAAAUACCAAGUACUGCAGAAAGAAAUGAAAAAAAGAGAAUCGGCACACUUGGGCGAGAUGGAGAUAAAGACAGACGAGCUAAACGAUUUAAAGUUCAAAUUAGGGAAAAAAACGCAUCGCUUAAAUUGCACCCAAACGGCAUUGUACCAGCUCGAAAAUGGUCCCCGCCGCCGCCCUAGGAACGUGCAGAUGGCCAAUAAAGGCGGUAAGUGA